CGGAACACCCUUCAACUUUUCCCCAAACACUCCACAAAGUGUCCGACGUCCUGCCAUGCUGGGGCUGUAACGCAUUUCGGAAUUGCUGGUCUAUAUUUCCCCCUCGCGCUCCCGACUCAUGGCUCCGUUUGGAAAAAACUUCCUGAAAGCUCGACAGAAAAACAGGACAAAAGAUGCCGAGCCUGUGGAAGGAAAGGAGAUUCAGGUUACGGUCUGCAACGAGGACAAGGUUGUCUGUGGAGUAACGAAGCACACAACAUGUGCAGAUAUGAUUCAGGCGUUACUGGAUGAUCACAAGUCAAUCCCAGAGAGCAAGCGCCUCUUGCACGGGGAGGCCAAAGACUUCUGUCUCGUUGAGCGGUGGAAGGGUUUUGAGAGAGCCUUGCCUCCUCUCACCAGAAUCCUGAGACUCUGGCAUGCCUGGGGUGACCAGAGACCCUCUAUCCAGUUUACUCUGGUCAAAACCAGCGAUUUUGUGCCUCAGUCUGCCAAGAAGGGUGGAAAGUCCACGGGGGUCAAGCCAAAGCGAUGGGAGCACGGUCGUGCUCAGUACUCCCAGCCUCUGCCGGUGGAGAGGCAAAAGCGCAUGGUAAAGAAAGCUUUCCGGAAGCUUGAAAAGCUCCACAAGGAGAGCAAGAGCUCUCUCAGUGCUGACGAGAUCGACCGGAUGGUGCAACUUAUCCUCAACCAGGACCACACCAUCCGGGAGCAGAUCCAACGCAUUAGGGAGCUGGAUUUGGACAUCGAGCAGUUUGAGCUGCAAGUGCAGAGAGAAGCAGAGCGUGAGAGUUCACUGGCUCAGGCUUGUGGUCAGAGUUUGGGGGCGCACAGCGACGAGCAGCUGCAGGAGUACCUCUACACCAGCGACGGAGUCGAACAGCUCGAGCUGCAGGUUCAGAGGCACCAGGAGCUCAUCCUCAAGCUGUCCCGGGACAUUGACGCUGAGCUGAGGAGGGCCAAAUUCCCUCAGAGCCAAUAUAAGGAUGGCAAACAGGAAGCAGCCGCGGCUGCUUCCUGGAUCCCAUCGGAGACGGACGAAUCGCUCUGCGCCGCUGAACUGGAGAGGCUGCAGGAUGAGGUGAAACACAGCCUCUUCACUGGCGUGUCCCUUCACAACCAAGCCGCAGAAAUAGACAAGCAGCUGAAGUACUACGAAGCUACGCUGGUCUCCAAGGAUCAGGAGUGCUGGCAGCUGGCUGCCCAGCUGAGCUCACUGCAAAUCGGGGACGGAGGACAAGAAGAGGAGUCCAGUACUGUCCAUCCGAAGAGCGAGACUCAGUGCAGCGUUUCACAGACAGUGAAACUCAAACACAGCCUGUCCCCUCUAGACGUUACAGACACAGACUCAGACACUGGGAUUAGCUCCACACACAGUCAGGACUCGCUGUCACCAGGUCUCGACUUCCCUCCCCCGCUGGACACAGACGUUUGAACAACCCGGUUGACCCUGCAAUUUAUUGUUCUGGGUGCACUAGACCCAGUUUGUGCCUGUCACGUGCCGUCAUUACAACCGAGUCACAGAGCUGAAUCCUGGCAAUAUUCUGCGACAGACGAAGGUCAUUUAUUAGAACUGAAACGAUAAGUUUAUUGACAGCAAUGAAUGUGAUAAUGCAAAACUUAUUUCAGGAUUUUUUUAAGCAAAAAAGAAAUCUGUGGUUUCAGCUUCUUUAUCCAAAUAUGAUAUAGAAUAUGUUAGUUAAUAUCUUAAGAAUUUAUACUGGUAAAAAACAAUAAGAGGAUGUCACCAAAGACUCAAUUAUAAUAUUUUCUGAAAUAUAAUAAUCAGCAGACCAAUAACAGAAAUGAUUGGUUUUGUAAUAAGAAUAAUGAUUUGUUCUGUAAACAAGUUGUUUUUUUUAUCCAGAUGGACCAAAAAAUAUUUGAGGAAUAUUUUGAAUACCUUCAAAAAAAGCUGCAAAUAUUCUGAAAAUGUAUACAGACGCUGAGGUCUGUGACUCAACUGUAAUGAUAAUACAUACAAGGCACACAGCUGGAGCUAUGUGUACAUCAACUAGUCCAUCACUGUGUAUGACCACUUUUAAGUGCACAUCAACCAUGUCUAAGGUGUACCAGGCUUAGUUACUUCAAAGUGUUUUUGUUUGUUUGAUGUCUUAAUAAUGGUGAAUGUAUGCUUCUCUUCCCUUCUAAGUUCUCAAGCUAUUUAUGAAGCUGCACUUAAAUCUAUUAACAAUGUUGUUUUAUAUUAAAACAGAUAGUUAACUGUUUUGGAUGUAAAGUUUAAGAUUUGUUAAAAAUGUAACAUUCCUCUACACUGUAAAUAUGCUGCUGCACCCCUCUGUAAAUGAUUGUUCUUAUCACACAGGCACAAUUUGUAAAAACAAUUUGAUAAAAUAACAUUAAAAAAAACAUUUAUUUAUCAUGUAAUCGUAUUUUACGGAUGCGAUUUUAUCAUGACUGUUUCCCCUCUGAUGCAAUAAUCUCCAUCUGCUACAGAUCUGAUCCAACACUUCAUGUUUGGGGCCAAAACAACACAAAACAAAUCUGAGCUCCAUAUGUGUGAAUCAUGCUUAAAAACAAAAACUGAUAAAAUAAAAUGUACAUUUGAACUUUCACAAUAAACACUAAUACUGUAAAUGUCACUGAGAGUAAUCAGUCAGUUGUUUGUGCAAAGCCUUGAUGAUUUAACGUUGGACACAUCUUAGCAAACAGCACUGCGACAUCAGAAGGUGUUAAUGGUAAAACCACAAGUAGCUAAAUGUGAUAGAUUCCUCAAAGCACUGAGUCACCAGAGAGCAAUGACACAGCUAGCACAGAGCACCCUUCCCGUCACUGCAGCAUAUAAUCAGUCAUAGAUGGUCGCCAUGCAGGCAAGCACAAACAACAGCGAGCACUCUCCUCUCGUCAAGGCCCUGCUGACAGACCAACACUUUGUACUCGGGGCAGAGCGGGGCUGGCUGCUGGAAAAGCAGAGGAUAUCUAUAUCACACAACCCCCCCCAUCACCCUUCACCGCUUCAAGCCACUAAGUAACUCCACCAAGCAUGAAAGGCCAGAGAUCUUACAAUGUGAACACUCUUGCACCAGUGCCUCACUUGUUGAUGGAACAGGGUUUUUUUAAUGGUACUUCUAGCAUGUUUCACCAACAGGUACGCACCAAGCUGGAAUAAAAAAGGCAUUAUGUUGGAUGUUAUUCUCAUGCAAAGCCGACCCGUCUUGAGUUGGUGGAAAUGUUAAAGGAAAGGAAUGUUGAAUAACUUGAGUCUGUUGUUCAAGGGAGGCCUUCAAACCCAGUAACACACUCGGUUCACCUCAUUAUUUUAUUGACAGACAUGUUGAGGCACCUGCCGUUCUCAAAUAGCAUACAUACACACAUACAUAAUGAACCGAUGCAGGACCUCCCUGCACUGUUUCUCAUAUUAGUUUCUGUCAAGGCACCAAAAGAAGUUCAACAAAGCACAUGGUGUAUAGUUCCAGUCCUUGGUAGAAUGUAAACGCUUCAGAAACUGUACUUACGCUACAAUAGGAGAAUAAUAUUCUCCACCAGUCAGUGUUAGAGUCUUUGGAAUAGUCUAGCUUUUAAAUGAGAACUUUUUUCAAACAUGCUUUGUUUCCAAAUUGAUUAAUAGUUCAUACUGGCAUUGCCCUGCUGCAGUGUGACUUCACUUCCUGUUUUCAGGGAGGCUGCAGGUUCAGGUAAUGUUUACCUCCUCUCUCUGCCGCAGUUCAGCAACUCAAAGACUUGCCAACCCGCACGUGUGUUUGCUGACAACAAUAAUUACACUGACCAAAAUGGCAAUUAGGAUGACUGUGAACCUGUCUGUGCUCAGCCCUCCCAGCUACGAUGACUGGCCAGCUUGAGUAAACCAUAAUUUGUUAUCAGCUGCGGUUUCAGUGCUGACGAUGAAAAGCUGAAAUUUUAAAGGGGACUCAUCGUGCUCAUUUUCAGGUUCAUACUUGUAUUUCGGGUUCCCACCAGAACAUGUUUACAUGCUUUAAAGUUCAAAAAACACAUUCAUUUUCUCCUGCUAUCUGUCUGCAUAGACCUGUAUUCACUCUCUUUCUGAAACGCUCCGUUUUAGCGUCUGUCUCUUUAAGCACCCCUCAAAAAAAAAGCCCAAAUUGCUGUGAUUGGCUUGCAAGAAAUAUAUGGUGCACCUUUGCAAAUGUAUUUCUCAAACUAUUUGGGUCUUAUUUCACAUUUUGCAGGUUGGUAGGCACCCCCGAUGCCCAAGUGUAUGUGCACAACGUAUGUGCAGUUUUUCCCCUUUUAACCGUAUACAGCUAGAAAGAGACACGUACCAACCAGGAAGAUAUUCAAAACGACUGCAAAGAGACAAAAUGAGACCACAAGGAGACUCUCAACGACUAUGACAAGGGGCAAAACAACCUCAAAGAGACACUAAAUGGCUAC